AAGCCGGAAGGAGCAUGUUUUAGCUGAAGUGAGUGACACAUCCCUGCCCAUCAGCCUGAGCAGCAGCUGGGUCCGCAGGCAACGGGUGCAUAGGCCACCCUUCCCCAAGGCUUCAGAAUGGACUUGUGCCACCCAGACCCAGGGGAGCUGAGCAGCGGCGAGGCCGAGGAGCUGCAGCAGAUCAAAUGGCACCGGAAGCAGCUUCUGGAGGACAUCCAGAAGCUGAAGGAUGAGAUCGCAGAUGUGUUUGCCCAAAUUGACUGCUUUGAAAUUGCAGAGGAGAGCCGGAUGGCCCAGAAGGAGAAGGAGCUAUGCAUUGGGCGCAAGAAAUUCAACAUGGAUCCCAUGAAGGGCAUCCAGUAUCUCACUGAGCAUAAGCUGCUGAGCGCUGACGUCCAGGACAUCGCCCAGUUCCUGUACAAGGGUGAGGGCCUCAACAAGACAGCCAUCGGCACCUACCUGGGGGAGAGGGAUCCCACCAAUCUGAAGGUCCUCCAGGCCUUCGUGGACUGCCACGAGUUUGCCAACCUCAACCUCGUCCAGGCCCUCAGACAGUUUCUCUGGAGCUUCCGGCUGCCAGGAGAGGCCCAGAAGAUCGACCGGAUGAUGGAGACCUUUGCCUCCCGCUACUGCCUCUGCAACCCCGGUGUCUUCCAGUCCACAGACACCUGCUAUGUCCUGUCCUUCUCCAUCAUCAUGCUCAACACCAGCCUCCACAACCCCAAUGUCCGCGACAGGCCACCCUUCGAGCGCUUUGUGUCCAUGAACCGGGGCAUCAAUGGCGGCAGCGACCUGCCGGAGGAGCAGCUGCGGAACCUCUUCGACAGCAUCAAGAGUGAGCCCUUCUCCAUCCCUGAGGACGACGGCAAUGACCUCACUCACACCUUCUUCAACCCUGACCUUGAGGGCUGGCUGCUCAAGCUGGGGGGUCGCGUGAAGACAUGGAAGAGGCGCUGGUUCAUCCUGACUGACAGCUGCCUCUACUACUUCGAGUUCACCACGGACAAGGAGCCACGGGGAAUCAUACCCCUGGAGAACCUCUCAGUGCAGAAGGUGGAUGACCCCAAGAAGCCAUUUUGCCUGGAGCUCUACAACCCCAGCUGCCGGGGCCAGAAGAUAAAAGCCUGCAAGACAGACGGCGAUGGCAAGGUGGUGGAGGGCAAGCACGAGUCUUACCGGAUCUCAGCCCCCAGUGCUGAGGAGCGGGACCAGUGGAUCGAGGCCAUCCGGUAAGAGACCCGGGAACCAGCAGGGAGUCUGCAGCAGAAGGGAGGAUUAACUCUAUGACCUUUACAGUCCCUUUGAUCCUUUGAAGCCAAAGCUUAACCCUCUUCUCCUCCUGCCUCCUCCAAGGGAUUUUCACUUAAUGACUGAGAGCCCAGAGAGGACCUGCUUUGACCCAAAGAAAUUAUUUUUUGAAUAAAAUGUCCCCUAUUAAAAAAUAAUAAAACAUGCUCAUUAUAGAACACAGGAAAAUGCAACGAUCAAGAAGAGAAAAACUCAGAUCACGAACUCCUCCACUGACAUUCUAAAAAUUUCGGAUUUCCAGCACACCUGUACGCUGUAUGUGUAACACCUCUGCCUUGCUGCUGCAUGUACAAGUUGGGAACAUCCGUCUUCCUUAACAGUAGGAAUUGAUAUUUCCCCAUGUGCACCAGUCAGGACAAACUAGGUUAUGCUGUAGUAACAAACAACCCCAAAAUCUCAGUGGCUUCACACCAAGAGUUUAUGCCUUGCUCUCACCUGUGUGCUCAGUGGAAGGCUGGACAGAGUUCUCUGCUUAUCAGUCACUCAGGGACCCAGGCUGAGCAGGCGCCAUCCUGACACAGGCCACCAGGAGUGUUGUCUGGAUGGGAUACAUCACUCCCACCCACAUUUCAUUGACCAGAGCAAGUCACAUGGCCACCUAGCUUCUAGGGGCAGGAAAGUACCAUCCUGUCACCUGCCCAUCAGAACAGAGAACAGAAAUACUUGGACUGCAGCAUUUAUGCCAGUUACAUCUAGGUUGACCAAUUGUCCUCAUUUGUCAGGACCAAGGGGCUUCCUGGAUUGCAGGACUGUCACACCCAAACCUGAGAAUAUCCUGGGCAAACAGAACAAGCUGUUUCCCAGUUAUAUAUUCUUCACAAACACACUCCUCUAUGACUGUACAACAGACUAUCUAGUUGCCAAGUCAUGGUUUUUCUCCUUAAUCCCCUGUUCUUGGAGACUUAGAUUGUUCCCAGUUUUAUGUGCUUAUAAAUGCAUAGUCUAAAACAUCCUCGUGAAUAAAACUUUGUCCAUAUGGCUCGUCAGAAGUGCAAUUACUGGACAUUUUUCCAGUGCAGAAUACCUGCUACCUGUUCAUAUUUCAAAAGCCUGGGCCAACAUGACUCACCUUCUAGGGCAUGAGCAAAUACCCACUUCUGAACACUCACCUAGAGCCUAGAGCAGUAGCUCUCAAAUCCUAGAUCCGAAUCACCCAGAGAGCUUGUUAAAAUACAGAUUGCUGGGCCCCACCUGCAGAAUUUCUGAUUCAGUAGGUGUGAGGUGAAGCCUAAUCAUUUGCAUUUCUAACAAGUUCCCAGGCAAUGCAGAUACUCCUGGUCUGGGAUCACAUUUUGUGAACCACUGGCCUAGUGGUUAAACGGCCACUGCUUUGUAACCUGACAGGUGAUUCCGCUCAGCCGCUCAACAACUGUGUAACCCUGGCCAGAUUACAUAAUUAACCCCUCGUAGCCUCAGUUUCCUCAUCUGUGAAUUGGAGCCAUUGUGAAGAUUAAUGCAGCAAACAUUUCUAGAGCUCUGAAAGGCAUGUCACAAGUGUUCAGUUAAAGGUAGUUUUAGUUAUUCAGCAGUAGAUUAAAUAACUUUGUGUUUUAAAAUAUUUGUUAAUUUGAAUGGAAAUGCAUUUAUUUAAGUUUUCAUGCAUUUUAUGCCUCCGAGUGGGAAUGAAGUU